AUGUCAGAGGAAAGCGACGCAGGAACCGGUCCAUCUCGCCCUAGGCUAAGUGCCAAAGGAAAGGAAAGAGCUGAAAGCAUAAACGAACACUCGCAACAAGAUUUGAUAACGGUUGCUAUCAAUGACAUCAAAUCAGACCUGCGCGAGACGAGAGACUCGAACCGCGAGACGAGAGACUCAAACCGAGAGACAAGGAACGACGUUGUGUCACAGUCUAAAGAGAUUUUUAGUCGAUUUGAAACUCAUAUAACGGCACUUAUGGAACAUCAGGACAACCACCACAGAACCGAAAUAGAAAAUCAGGAAAAUCGGCAUCGAGCACAGAUGCAAGAACUCAGGGAAAAUCACACAGCCCAAAUGGCAAAUCAAGACAACCAGCAUCGAGCACAGAUGGAAGAACUCAUGAAAAUUCUGAGAACAACCUUGGCUCCAUACACCGAUGCAAGGAUUAUUGUUUGGACAAACAAAGAAGCUAAGGCGAGAGACACCAUCAGGCGAAGACAAGCACACAAGGCACCGACACGGUUGCAUCAGGCUCCUAAUUUAAGGGGCCAGUAA